UUUCCAUUACAGGGUGGUGGUGCUGAUUUUUUUACUACCAAAUAUGGAUUGUAGCCUUUAUCUGGUCUUGCUCUUAUUUGGUUUUAACUGGAGCACCUUUGCACAGCAAACUUCCGGGAUACCAGGCUUUGCUCAAGAAUGUAUGUGGGUAAAUGGCUCCCGCACCUGCUCAGAUCCUUGUUCGAAUUACAUAGUUCUGGAUCAGCCCUGGCGAAGUACCUCCUAUGGGCAGGGAAAGAACUGUGACAGUGAUAAAAGAGGAUGGUAUCGGUUUGUUGGCCAGGGAGGAGAACGCAUGCCAGAAGCUUGUGUACCUAUAUAUAAGUGCAACACUGAUGCACCUUUGUGGUUAGAUGGAUCACACCCUAACGAGAAUGCUGGAAUUGUAACUCGUGUUGCCUGUGCUCACUGGAAUGGAAAAUGCUGUCAAUGGUCUACCUCUGUGCAGGUUAAAGCGUGCAUUGGUGGCUAUUAUGUCUACAAACUGGAAGGGACACCAACAUGUAGUUUGUCUUAUUGCACAGAUCCCAACUACACUGAGAACCCAUGUUCACAAUGUGGUGUUGAUGAGGAAUGCAGUUUGAUGAACGGUGUCUGGAGUUGCAGGUGCAGUCAAGGUUUCAAUAGUUCUGAUAUUUCUAGCUUGAAGCCUGAACUAGAAUGUGGAGCAUCUCAGAUUAAAGUUUAUCUUGAGAAGUGCGUCCUGAAGGAACUGGGCUUCCAGGAUGUGGUCAUGUACUUAAAAGAUAACAGAUGUUCCGGUUUUGAAGAGCGAAAGAACACAACAGUGAUUUCAGUUGUGACUCCCACUCAAGGUGGCCAGUGCGGGACACAAUUAACAAAAAAUGACACCCAUGCUACAUACAGUAAUACACUAUAUCUGGGGAAUGGAAUUGUUGUUAGAGAGGAUGAAGUCAAGAUUAAUUUCCAGUGCUCCUACCCACUGGAUAUGGAAACCAGUCUUGCAACCGCUAUCCGGCCUAUCGUAAGCUCAAUCAACAUCAGUGUGGGAGGCACAGGAAUCUUCAUGGUGAAAAUGGCUCUCUACAGAGAUUCAAAUUACACCUCCCCUUAUGAGGGAUCCACAGCAGUGUUAUCAACAAAGGACACCCUGUAUGUUGGUGUCAUGGUGACAGUGGGGGACAUGUCUCGGUUUGUUUUGAAGCUUGUCAACUGCUAUGCAACACCCACAGAAAACACUGCUGGUCCUCUGAAAUAUUUCAUCAUCCAGAACAGCUGUUCAAACCCGAGGGAUUCAACUGUUUCAGUGGCAGAAAACGGAGUUGCAUCACAAGCAAAGUUUUCUGUUCAAGGAUUUGGAUUUCUUGGGGACUCUAAACAGGUUUUUCUCCACUGCGAAUUUCAUUUCUGUGACAUUCACACGGAACAAUGCAGACCACAUUGCUCAAGAGGUGAGAGUCGACAAGCUGCUGUUGCUGGUGAGCCGAAUAACGUUUUGCAUUUGGGACCUAUUGCUCUGAGAGCAGGUUCUGAAAGUCUUGCUGGAGCUGCCUCAUCUCAUGCUUCAUUAGGGGUUUGGAUAACGGUGCUCGUUGCUGCUGUGCUGGCUUUUCCUCUUCAUGAAUUUGCUUGACUGACGAACCCGGUCAUCCACACUGCGGAACAAAGAGCAGCACCAAGUUACAUAAAGAGAGAAAAAUUAAAUAAAGCAGAAAAAAUACGUGGACACACA